UGAAGAACGCAGGGCGGAUCAGUGCGAGGCCGCGACACCGACACACGCGCGGAAAACGCACCGAAAUUAACGGAAACGUGGGAAUCAUGGCAGACCUGAGUUUGACCGACGCUCUGACCGACAGCGUUCCUCAGUCUGAUGUGGAGAACAAAGUGGAGAGGGAUUUUGUGGCCACUCUGGAAGCCGAGACCUUUGAUGAUCGGGUCGGAGAGACGGUGGGCAAAACAGACUUCAUCCCACUGCUGGACAGUGAUGGCAAGGAUCCAGAUACAGUAGUGAAGAAUGGACAACAGGAAGGGGUUCAGAACCCUGGUGCUGUAAAUCCACCGGGGUCAUCAGGUGGCCAGAUUUUGGCAUCGUGGCCAGAUAAACAGGGAGACGUACGGCCACAUCAGACUGACCAGCAGGCCUUUGGGGCAGACUUUCUAACAGGCUCAGCGUCUGGUUUUCACGAUCAGUGGGGCUUACAGUCUGUAUCCCCACAGAUGAUGGACAGUAGCCCACUGGAGCCGUUUUCAGGUUUCUCUCAGGCUCUUGUGACGUCUGCAGUGAACACAGCUGUUGUAGCAGCUCCUCUCCAGACAGAAAGACCGUCUGAUGUUGCUGAACCACAGGGGCCACCGGCCGCCCACACCACCGAUGCACCAAAAACACCUCCCGAAGCUCUAGCUGCCAUGACACCUAAAAACCCACUGGACAUGCCUGCAGGUGUCUUUGGUGACCACUGGUCCAAUGAGGCCGGAAUUCCAUCCGACCUGCCCUUUACACCAAGCGUUUCCACAGUUAUCAGCCGCCAUGCCACCCACCUGGCAGAAAGCCUACAUGAAAUGCCCGACCCUCAGUGGUCCCCCAGAGAUAGCAGGAUGGGAGACGGUGAUGGAUCUGACCGCAAGAAGGAAAAGAAGAAGAAAAAACGGAGACCCCGUGAUGAGGUGUGUGACUUCCACUCAGAAAUACAGAGCGAAAUUGUUUCAUCUGAGAGCCCACAUCAGUCCUCGCCACGCAAGGAACGGGACGGAGAUGGAGGCUGGGAAGAUGUUGGACGCAUCAGCGGACGAGCCAAGAAGCCAAAAAGCCGCAAGAAGAUUCCUGAAGAAUGGGCGAUCCAUGCCGAACCAUUUGUCCCUGCUUUGGCCUCCAUGUCACAAGAGUUUGGAACUGAUUUUACCUCAUCACCACUUGGAGGUGAUAGUGCUCUUGUUUCCCUUUCUGAAGACUACACCGAUGAGAGUCUGAUUUCGCUGUCUCUUACUCGAGAUCUUUUGUCCCUCGCGGCCACUUCCCCAACAUCAACAGUGCAUCCUGCAACAUUCUCUCCAAAGUCUCCAAGUCAGGCUUCUGGUCUCUCGCCCCAUCAACCCCUGUCCAUUUCCUCUGGUUUCCAUGAUAUCAUCAUGGAAACAGACGACGCCUAUCUGGAGAAUCCACUGGGCAAAGCUGAUCCACUUGCUUGUGACAUCAGUGAGACUCAACCUUUCAUAUCUACUGGUGGAACCUUUGAGGAAGCCAUGUUUGUCCAGGGACAACCCUUUACGACUUCCACAAUGGAAACCCAAGGUGUGGUUGAGUCCCAGGGGAAAGAACCUCAAGUGUCAACCCCUGGAAGCACUUGUUUAGUACCACCAAUGGAGGCUCUCAUCUCAGCACCCCCUUUCUUGCCAUCUAGACCAGUGUGGUCUCAUAAUAAUCACAGUCAGCCGUUCGAUCUUUCAGGAAUGGAAGGUGUUAGCUUUGAGACUCAUGUCCCAAUCCCUGCACCUCUUCCUUCACCAAAGAGCAAAACCAAACCAGGCAAGAAGUCCCAUUCAUCGACAUUAAAGAGUCCCAAGUCCCCUGAUGCAAAGAAUUCCAGUCUGAAUCCAGCCGCACCUCCGUUCUUCCCUAGUUUUGUGGAACCUCAGGAACACGUAGCUGGACCGACCGUCACGCUGGAAGGCAACUCUGAGAAAAACAAGCCAGAGAUGAACAAAAUGGACAAUGUCCAGAAUUUUGACAACUUUGAUGUCUUCAAGACUGACAAAGAUCAUAAGAUGGACAUGAUUGAGCAGAAAGACAAAUCUGACCACACAGACAAACAGACAGCCAAAGGAGAAAAGACAGAAUCUCUGGACAAGAACAAAGAAAUGGACAAAGUUGAAAUAGUGGACAAGGUAAAAACACCAGUGAAAGUUGAGAAGAUUGAAAAGACAGAUCAGUGGGGAAAAUCCAUAAAAGAUGAGCCCGAAAAAGUUGAGAAGACUACAGACAAAAAAGAGGCUGAUUCCUCCCCAAAGGUGGACAAAGACAAGAAGAUAGGUCAUAUGGAAAAGACCGAGCUGAAAACGGAGAACGUAAAAGCCGAGGAGGACGGAUCUGAUCUAAAAACUGAGCAAGACAAAGCAGAAAAGGACAAGCUGGAUGUGAAGCAAGAAAAUGAUAAAGUUGAAAAGGAGAAAACUGAACAGAAGACAGAAAAACACAAAACUGACAAAAAUGAAGUAGAGCAGAAAGCAGAAAAGGUUGAAUCAGCUGACAAGACAUCUGCAAAACCUGAGAAGGACGAUAAAGUCGAGAAAGCCAAAAAACCUGCUGCUAAACCCUCCGCAGCCAAACCUGCAGUAACCAACAGUGCACCUGCAAAAGACUUGACUAGUCCCGACAAGAAGACCAAGCCUGUUGCAGGGGCAACCAAACCUAGCUCCGCCAAGCCCCGGCCAAGCUCCGCCUCCACCGCUACAGCUGCCCCCAAGCGUCCAACCCCUACCUCAGCCCCCAGCACAUCUGCCCCCAUCAAAAAAGCCCCUGUACCCAAAGCACCCACCCCAGCUGCUGGUACCAAACGACCAGCUACAGCAUCCACUCGACCCACAACUACAACCAGCACUGCCAUGUCCAGUACGGUGGCCAAAGAGGUCAGGCCCAAGACGGCCACUGAGAAACGGCCACUGGUGCCAAAGGCCACUGCUGCGCCCGCACGACCCACCGCACCCAAAAACAGCACGUCUACAACAGCAGGAAACAAACCUGUGACCACAACAUGCACAACAGCCGGCGCCCCUACAGCACGACGCCCGGCCACAAAGACUGAGAGCAAACCCGGAGAGGAAAAGAAACCAAGCACACUGAAAACUGCAGAUGCGGCCCGCUCUAAAUCUACACCUCUCAGAACCUCCACCACUUUAAGCAGUGCCACCACUCGCCCUCGCGCCACAAAAACACCCGCCACCUCCAGUGGCGCUCCACCAGCUGCUGCACCAGAGAAGAAGCCACAGGUGCCCCGCGCCCCUCGACCCAACUCCACGACCACUAGCACCAUGACUCGCCCCACCCCUCGCCCUGCAUCCGCCCCUGCACCAGACAUCAAAAACAUCCGCUCCAAGAUCGGCUCCACGGAUAACAUUAAACACCAGCCCGGAGGAGGAAAGGUCACAGUGUCUCAGAGCAGGACGGACACUCGCAGCUCCCCCUCCAAAGAGACCAGCCAGGGCAAAGUUCAAAUAGUCUCCAAAAAAGUGGACUACAGUCACGUCACGUCUCGCUUGGGCUCCAAGGACAAUAUGAAACAUGUCCCUGGUGGAGGGAACGUCCAGAUUCUCAACAAGAAGGUGGACUUGAGUAAAGUGACCGCAAAGUGUGGUUCCAAGAGCAAUAUCAAACAUAAACCAGGUGGAGGUGAUGUGAAGAUCGAGAGUCACAAAGUGAACUUUAAGGACAAAGCUCAGUCCAAGGUUGGCUCCAUGGAUAAUGUCAGUCAUGAGCCUGGAGGUGGUAAUGUUAAGAUUGAGUCUUUCAAGCUAAAUUUCCGCGAGAACGCCUGCUCUCGCACAGACCACGGCGCCGACAUCAUCACCUGGCCCGUCUCGGGUGACAGCCCUGUCCGUCCUCACCUGUUACGCAGCAGCAUCUCGCUCAACGACUCCCUUGCGACCGCCGGCAUCCCCCGAUCUCAAACGACCCCUGCCCUCCUCUCCUCCCAGGAACAAGGAGGCGACGUUGGCUCACUCACUGGACUCCAGACAUGAUUUCUCACUUGCCAUUCAUCAGCUGCUCUCUAAAUCCCGCGUCCUACCAUUGCUAUGACUCAUUAGAUUGGUGUGCUUGUUGAUGUUCUUGACGGUUAUUUCUGAUUGGUUAGAGCUAUAACUCGGCUGUGCACAGACUACGGACUUCAGAAUAUGCUCAAAAUGACUGUAUUGAAGAAAGUUGGAGGCUAAUACUCCUCCUGAGGGUCUGUAUACUCUGAUGGUAACGGUCUGGAAGCUUUGGUUUGGGAAUGACAUGGCAAACCCCCAAGCAGAAUCCUCUCAUUAGCCUUCCUCUGCUGCUAAACUCACACUAUUCAACAAUCAUAACACCUACGUAACUAGUUGUAGAGCGUGAAAUCUAGUUCUAGACCUGACAACUAAAGGCUUUUUUACAUAACUAUUGUCAGCAUUGCCCAAUGCAUUGAACUGUAUGCAACGCGUGCUUGUCAAACAUUUUAAUGUGACACUUAAAGUUCAAACAAUUUUAACUUCAACACACUUGGAUAUGAUCAUUUGAAGCACACCCAAUGGGAAUGUUUAAAUGCGUGAUCUUUUAUGCUUAAUAAGCCAACGACUUGUGCGCUCGUGUAAAUGCUUUUAAACGGUUUUCCCUACAAUGUAAAAAAUAAAAAGUUAAAAGUAAUGAAACCAGCUGCAAAGCAUUUUUUUUUUCAGUUAACUCAACAUCAUAAAAAUGAGUUGUACCAACUUAACAAUUCAAGUUGGAUUGUAAGUUCCAUGAACUCAAUACAAUAAGUUCAGCAAACUCAAAAAUAAUGAUUUUGCAAGUACAAACUUGCGUUUUGAAGUAUAGUGGACCAUAAUUUUCAAUAUUCUUGGUAUAAAAAGAUAUUCUUUAUUAAGCAGAUCUACAUGUCUACAUAAGAUCAUGCCACCAAUGUACCAAAUAGUUGUGCUGACUUAAAAAGUGGUGUAAGUAACGAUUGCAUUACACUUUAAUAAGUUAAGUCAACCUAAUUAUUGAAGAAACUUCAUCAAAGCGAAUCAGUCUGAUGGUGACUUUUUACAGAAUUAUCAUUAUCAUUAAAAACAUACAUAGAGUCUAUUUAUUCAAAACAUAUUAUUAUUGGUGAGCAUGUAAACACAUUCAGCCAUUAGCGGACAAUUUGCAUGACAUAUGCAAAUUGUGUUUUUUUUAAUGACAUGUCUAACUUUGCAAACUUUACAAGUUUGUGAUUUUCACACAUGAUUUGUGUCUCACUGAUGAUAUUUAGUGUACAAAGCAACAUGAAAUGUUUAAAAUCUGUCAGUGACACUUGCGUUUACACCCUGGCAUGAGUUAUGUGAAAAGGCCUUUAUUCUAACUUGGUAUUCAUAAUGGAAGUAGCUGAUCUGUACAUGCCAAUCACCACCAUAUAUCUGGAUCCAUCUGACCAUCAUUUCAUUCAGCAUACAGGGCUGUCAUGUGACCCUGUCAUGUGCUCCUCUCCCUUGACCUCAAGUAGAGCUGAUAUUAAAACAUUUAGGCUAUGUGAAUGACUGUGUUCAGAAAAGCAUACUACCCUUACUAUUUCUGCAGUAUAUAGUAUGUAUACUGUGCAAAGUAUGCACAUUUUCUGUAUUCAUGAGUACCCAGAUGACCACCUACUGCAGUAUACAACAGUGCAAAACUGCAUUUAACAAAGCAAUGCGCUCGACUUGACCUUUCCUUUUCAAAGGCGAGCUACAACCGCAUUAUCUAGGUUUGUUUGACUUCACAAUAACCAGACAGGAACGAUUUCAGUCAGACUAAAGCAUUUACCAUUUAAAAGGACAAAUUAUUAAGUCAGACUGAAAUUGAUCUAUUAUAGUGCAUGUAAACUUACUGUGAUGAUUUAAAUUUCAAGUAAUAUCAACUGCAUGUUUUAGUGUGCUCUAUUUACAUGUAUCUUGGUAACAAAAAUGGCUAUUUUGUAGGUAUGCACCGAUGUUUAUCGGCCAAUUAUUGACCAAAUUAAAACCAUGAGCAUAUGUGUCAUAAGCAUGGAAAUGCAGAAAAAUUAAUUUUGAAAUACAUUUAAACUGUAACAUCUCUUUCAUGACUGAUUUGUCUGGGCCGUCAAAUGUUACGAUUUUUUAUUUUUUUUUACGCAAAAUUGGAUUAGCAGUGCAAAAUAGUAGAGAUUCACCAAUAUAUACAUUUUUGAUUGAUAUCGAUUGUAAUAAAUAAUUCUAUGUGCCACUUGCCUUGUUUUGACAUCAGAUCAGUUUUUUAUUUUUUAGGAAUAUGCUUUAAAAAAUGCACAAAGAUGUACAAAAGCUAUUUUAUUGUUCUAACAAUAAAUAAUUUGCUUUGAGCAUGGAUUAGUCCUGUUGAACACAUGACGGGACACAAUUUUGCCACAAUGAUAAAUGUAAGUACAAGAUAAAAAAAUACAGAUAAAUACAAGAUUAUUAUUACUUAUUUAUUAGUUUAAAUAGCAUGAUGAUUGAUGUUGGGGGGGGUAUUUUGCACCUCUUAAUCAUUUUUGCACUUUUGUUUUUACAGUUCUAAACAAUAAAACUCACAUUUUAUAUAUGAUAGAACAUUACAAUUUUUUUCCCAUUUUUUUAAAAAAAAUAUAUCUAUAUAUUGGUAGGUGUUUACGUAUAUUGCACAGAGGAAAGAAUAUUCUUAAUGCAAUAUUUUUAUGUAAUUAAUUAUAGUAAAUAAACCAUUUUUUUUAUUCUGUGUUUUCAUGCCUAUGACUGAUAUGCUGAUGGUUUUAAAUUAAUUUAGUAAAUAAUUAGUUGAUACAUCGGUGCAUGCAUACAAAAUACCAAUUUUUAUCACCAAGAUCAUGAGCUAAACAUACAAGGUAAUCAAGUCAUGUGACAACAAAGUAGCAAACUGCUAUAGUAUAUACUACAGUAUUUCAUAUGUACUGUCCUGUAGUACAGCAUUCAUUAAGUAGUAAGCUAGUAUUCCAUUCUGAACACAGCCGAUCUCUCUUAAACUGUGUUUCGUGCUGUGUUUAAUACUGUAGCAUUGAUCUGUGUUGUUAAACUGUUUAUUUGAACUCUUUAAUUUAAUUUUUGUUACCAGCUGAUGUUUUCUUUUCCUCGCAAUUGUAAAGCAAUAUAACGGUCUCCUUCAAUGCCUAUAAGACAUUUAACUCCACAUACACGCACAUUUAAUUAAGCUGAUAGUGUCAAACGCAUAUCCAGACAGGUUUGUGGAAGUGAAGAGCGUUUGAGGUGAAUAUUUAAUGGACAAUACAGCUGAAAGUAAUUCUGAGAGACAGGAAGUGUGGAGACAUUUAGUAGAUGUCGACAAGUUGAAGCAAGGUAGUAACAGGCGGUGUUACGUUUAUACUGAGGGAGUUUUGUUGGCAAUGUUUUUUAUUGAUGUUUUGGAGUUUGGGUAGGUACAGUAUGUUUGUACAUGGGGAAAGUCCAGUGCCGAGUAUGUGCCUGGUACCUGUAGCAUCUGCUAAUAUACUGCCUUUGAAGGGACACAAGACAGAAUAUCACAGCUUGAAACCUUUUGUGUACUUUGAAUAGCUGCUUUAUGAGAAACCAGUGAAAUUGUUAGUGAUUCCAGUAGUUUUAAUUGCUUAUUACAUAUUAGUGGUCAGCGGAUAUGGGGUUUUCAGUGGCUGAUGCUGAAACCGAUAUGUCUAGAGAGCAGGGUGGCUGAUAUAAUGCUGGGGAAAAUGAAUGACAGCAGUUGAGAUGUACACAAAAUAGCACUUAUUUUACACUAUAUAUUUACAAAAUUGUUUAUUGGCCAAGCAGACGCAGUUAUUGGCUUACGCUGAUAAUCUCAAAAUGGCCAGAUAUCGGCUUAUUAAUCGGUCUGGCCGAUAUAUCGGUAUAAUAUUGCAGAUGUUUUUGCAGGUCUUUUCAAGGGUAAAAUCUUUGCUUUCUGGUCUAUCUUGCGAGUUGAACAGUUCAUGUGGGGGUAUAACAUCCAAGCGUCUCUUGUAGCAUUUUCUUUAAUAAUUGAUCUCCGAGUAGCCUUGUUUCGCGUAUGGUCAGAUUAGCAGCAGAUUGCACCCAGUUUGAAAAAUCAUGCACGUUUGACAUGUAGCCUUAUGAUUUGGUGUCAUUUCAGCUUUUUUUUUUUUUUUUUUUAUCGACUGUGAGCAGUGUGGAGGAUGAAUAGGAGUUCUUUAGCACGCUUUCCAUUUGAACAGAUUUACAAGUAUGACUUAUAAUUGACUUGACGCUUUGUUGCAUAUGUUGCUUAUUCUCUUAAAACUUUUUAAAUCCCAGAUUAUGCAAAGCAAUAAAACAGGCCCCAGAUUGACAUUUAGAAAUCUGAAAUAUGUUGUGCUCAAUUAAAAUUAUUGGUGAAUGCCUGAUAACCUUAAAGCAAAAAAAAGAUAAGAAAAAUUCUUUCUCUUGGAGAUGUUUUUAGAUAAAGAAUACAACAGUGUACUUUUGAUAGUUGGCAGCAGUCUGUCAUUUCCAUUUGAUAAAGGAAAACAGCAUUUAUUUAAAUAAUUCACCCAUGAAUUGGAAAAAAGAAAAUAUAACACAAGAAAAUACAUUAUUUUACUAACUAAUGAAUUUGGGCAAUAAUAGAUAUUAUUUAUAGUCUAUUCUUUUUUUUUUUUUUUUCUUUUUUCUUUUUUUUUCAGAGAAAUGAGAGGUGUGUAAAUAGUUGUGUUUGAGCUGUGUUGUGCUGCAUUCGAACACUAUGGGCCAGCCUUAGUCUUUGAAGUACAAUAAUAAUGUCUAACCGUGACUUUUGCUUGUUGUAACAUGGUUAUAUUUUAAUCCUUCUCCUGUGCCUGAAUGCAACCCAUAUAAAUAUCACAGUAUUUUAUUUUAUUUUCAAUAUAGGCUAUUUACAAUUGAUCUCCCGAUUACUAGCAAACAGUUUUAUGUAAAUAAAUGCAUAUUGCCAUCUCUGUUAACACUUAUUAUAAUGUCACAAAAGUGAAAGGAACAUUUGAAAAAUAAAUCUGUAAUGCUCAAAGACAGUUACUGCUGAUAUUAUGUGAUGUUUGGUAUUUUUAACUAUUCUUCGUAUAAUAAUUAUUAUUAUUGUUGUCAUUUUUGCCCCUUUUUCAAGGAAAAAGGUAGAGAACAAAUGUGUUUGAAAUAUACUAAAGAUGCAAUGCACAUAUAUUUGUGUGUCUUUAAUAUUUCGGUUGUGGGUAGUUGGUUGGCUAUGACAGCAGGUGGGUCAUUUUCAGGUGGCAUUAUCAAUCUUUAGCCCAUGUCCUCUAAAGCAUCUUCUAAUAAUCUCAGUGAGUCUCACAUAGCCCCUUACCUCUUAAAUACUAGUCUUACAACAGUGAAUGCUGACAGAGAGACCCCGUACUGUCAGAACUAAAAGAGGGGAAUGCAUUGAAUGCGUUUCAAUUGCACUGAUUUAUUGUGCCAUGAAGGACCAGGACGUCUCGUUGAAGCAAAGAGUGAGAGGAGAGAUCCAAUUAUUAUUAUUAUUAUUAUUUUAUUUUAUUCUUAUGUGGGAGUAAUCUGGGAGAGUUGUUGCCCAUAAUCAUACUAUUAUUAUAAAGAUUUACAACCCUGAAAUAACAUAACUAAAGUUACAGACAAAUUUAUUCUGCAAAACUAGUAGGUCUGUUGUGUUUUUGUGAUUCAGCAGGAAGCUCAUGGUAGAUCUGCUUCUCCUGGUGUGAAUAAAACAUGCUGCAAGCAUGCAGAAACCGAGUGAGUUUGGUAGACUCGUCAUUUUUUUUUUUUUUUUCAUGAAAAUUGUAUUUCAUUAUAUUUUUGGUUUGAAUGAGGUGUUAAUUGUGGUUCCUUGUUAACUAUGAUGUGAUCAUUAAACAUUAAAUAAAAAAAGUGUUUAAAACAUUCU